GUGUGGUUAGACCUGCCUGCCUUGGAGUUCACUUCAGACUUCUAUCGCGGACUUGGAACGACACCUCCACACAAAACGAUUCGCCGCAUCAGUCCGCAUCAGGCAGCGUUCAGAGCAACAGUUCACCUGCGUCCGAAGUUCCCGAACACUUUCCAGUCUCAGCACUCCUCGCACAGAACACGACCAUAACCUACCCAAGACAAGUCCCACUCUCGUUCUCUCUCUCGCUCUCUCUCUUUCUCUCUCUCAAUACUUGAGCGAUGGAUUCAUUUUUGACAAUCACGGCUGCCCUUCUACUAGUUGGUUCUUUAUCUUCGACUGCUUCGAGACAAUUCGACACUGAAUGUUACACAGCCAAUGGAGAGGACUACAGAGGCUUCCAGAACCAGACAAGCCUACUGGGUGGUAAGCCCUGCCUCUUCUGGAACGAAACCUUCCAGCACCCCUACAACACCCUCAAGUACCCCAACGGAGAGGGUGGUCUUGGCAGCCACAACUACUGCAGGAACCCUGAUGGUGAUGUCCAGCCGUGGUGUUACAUCGCUGACCAUGAAGACGGAAUCUACUGGAGAUACUGCGACAUACCCACCUGUCAGAUGCCUGGUAACCUGGGCUGUUUUAAGGACAGUGGUGACCCUCCCACCCUGACAGGGAGCAGUCAGACCUCUAACAAACUCACCGUCCAGAACUGCAUCAGCUUCUGCCGUAAACAGAGAUACAUGCUUGCCGGGAUGGAGUCGGGUUAUGCCUGUUUCUGUGGCAACGACCUGGACCUGCGUCGCCAUGGCCAGGCGCCCAACAUGGAAUGCAACCACGUGUGUUUCGGUGACCACACCCAGCCUUGUGGGGGAGAUGGAUGGGUCAUCGUCUUCGACACUCGAGUGGGGGCCUGCGGGGGUAACUACUCUGCGCCCUCUGGGGUGGUUUACUCCCCUGACUUCCCUGAUAAGUACGGGGCCGGAAGGGUUUGCUACUGGACUGUCCAGGUCCCUGGAGCCUCUGUGAUCCUGUUUAACUUCACCUUCUUUGACAUCUCGGACCAGACAGACAUGGUUGAACUGCUGGACGGCUUCACCAACCAGGUGGUGGCGAGGUUUGACGGUCGUACCCCUCCCCGGGAGCUGGUCAACGUCACUGGAGACUAUGUUAUCCUCUACUUCUACUCAGACCGAACCAACCAGGCACAGGGCUUCGCUGUCACGUAUCAAGCUCUGAGAGGGUCCAGGCCUAUGGAUGAAGAAGAGGAGGAGGAGGAAGAGGACACCAGUACGGUGGAGCCUGAGCUGGGAGGAGCAACGGAGAAAACUAAUGGUCGCUCCUCACAAAUCCUCUACGUGAUAACAUCCAGUCCUGGUAAACCGGACCACAACAUGCCAGGUCAGUGGGUCGGACCCAACGGUACCAACGGAUACACCUCUAAGUGGACCAUCUACACUCUGGCUGCUCUCCUGACUCUGACAGUCAUUGUCAUGGUGACCAAACUACUGCUUCAUGUCACAGUCAAAUCUCCCAACAUCCCGACCAUCAGUGGUUCAGAGAGCUGCAGCGGUCAGAGUUCUGGGUCUGAGCCCUGGAUCAUCCUUUACCAGCCCUCCACCAUCUCUCUUUUCAAGAAAAAGCUAAAGAACCACCACGGAGACCUCAGCCCUCUGGUGGGCAACUAGGGAACUGCAGUCUGGUAUACUACCGCCAUCACUACUGAACCCUGUACCAGGGCCUACCAUACCAGAGCUAGCAACAGAGCUGGCCGCCCCAAACCAAUGAGACUCUAUGGGGCACUGAGCUACAAAGCUAACAUGCUAACUAAUGACUGAUUCACUGACUCACUGAGAGACUACUACCAAAAUGGCCCAGACAUGGCUGUCUGUGUCUGCUGUGUACAAGGCAGGAGAGGAGAGUAGAUGUACAAACAGCUCAAGGUGGACAUUUUACUGCAGGGCACUCAUAUUCUUGGGGUUCUACUUCCAUUGUCUCUCCAUGGACAUCUGAUAGAUUAUUGAAGCCCUCCUCUAAAGACAGGUGUUGGCUGGGGCCAAAUCAGAUUCCAGUUUCCACAGGACUCCUCCAGAAUGCAGGUCUUCCAUUGUAACUGUUUCCAAGUGGGGCACAAAAUGACAGACUACGCAUCUCUCCUCAUUUAAUAAUCUGCGAACGACAAAGGGAGCCAUGCAUAUUCCCUGUCAGUGACUGUGACUGGUGUCUCACAUAGAAAAAGGGGGUUGAAUCCUGAUCGUUAUCAAGGGACGAGGACAUCAACCCCGUCAUAUUACGCUACAUGUAACUCUAACUCAGUUAUGUAAGUACAAUUAAUACCACUAUGGACAAUCGGCAGUUAUUGAACCACCACAGCCAGCUAAGCCUGAAAGGGACCCCCCUUUCCUCUCGGACAGCAACGAGUUACCUGUAAUUAUGGUGUGUUAUGUAGGCCAGUGUUUGGUAUAGAGAGAGAGAAGAGAGGUGAUUUACCUGCUCUAUCUGGAGCGAGGAGAAUAGAUAGCAUGAGUAAGUCCUGAAGAAAGAACGCAUCUAAAAAAAGACAUGAAUACAGAGAGAGAAAAACAACACUUGCUCGCUUCCUCACUCACUCUCUCUAUGCCACACUGCCUCUGGAGGAAUCCACGUCAGAAGUCUCUCCAAUGACGGGGUGGGUGGAGGGGGAGAGGGAAGGAGGAAGGAAACAGAAGGAGAAGAAAGGCAGAAGAGGGUUGGGUGUAAUUUAACAACUGCCGUUUUAAGGUCCCGAACAGUCAUACGGAUUCCCAUGUAAAAUAGCCUUUUGAGUGAUUAAAUAUUAAUAUCACCCAUAAUAUUGGUGGGGGAUCGAAACGCUUGCGGAUGGCUAACUACGAGGAAGUUUGAAACGCCUAACGCCUAAACGCAACUUGAAUACAGUGAGCAGUGUUGCAGUAAAAUCAUCUCAAGAUAAUUUGGUGAAACACAAAACAACAUUGACGUUGCAUCAAUUAUGUAAAUGUUUUGCACAUCUCCCGUUUGGCAUGUCUCUUGUGAUGCGAUCCACAGCAGAACUGACGGAUGUGUUGACAUGACAACUACAUCAGAGUUUCGAGCGUUCCAUGCUGGCUGAAAACCUACCUAGCCAGUAACUAGCUGACACCACACACAGAUGACACAGAUGACAUAGUUAUAGUUAUCAUAACAUAGUUAUCUUUUCCAUAGAUGAAUAGGGUAGACUUUUAAUUAUAUUGUCUGACACCCUACAGUCCAAGUUUGGCACCAGUAGAGUAGCUAUCUAGCUAUAUAAACAACGCCCCUCCAAACACACUUUCUCCGAUGUUGGUUACAAGGUGGUACUUAUUUAAAUUAGGUAAGGGAACGCUAUGUUACCAUUGGUGUAUUAAAAUGACUGAGUUAGGGUGAUGUCAACCUAUUCCCUUAAUAACCUCACCUCCUUAAUCCAAGUGUUUGUCAUGGGGGGGGGGGGGGGGGUAACCUUGACCAGUGGCCAGUAACCUUAUGAUCAAACUUAAUCAUACUUAGAUCUGGUUUCAUCUACUUUUCAUCCAAUUUUAUGAAAAGCAUGAUUUUGACCUUUAAAAUAGUUUUUGAAAUGCUCAUAGGUUCUCUCUCUCUUGUCCACUCAGCUGUUGGUUCUGAUCUGGUUUGACUGGCUAUUGACUGGCUAUGUCCCAAAUAGCCGAAAGGGUUCUGGUCAGACGUAGUGUAUUAUAUAGGGAGUAGGGUGACAUUAGGAACACACACUGUGUUUAAGCCUUAAGUAUCUUCUACAAGCCUGCUACUGUUGGCUUCUCUCCCUCUCCUCUCCUCUCCUCUCCUCUCCUCUCCUCUCCUCUCCUCUCCUCUCCUCUCCUCUCCUCUCCUCUCCUCUCCUCUCCUCUCCUCUCCUCUCCUCUCCUCUCCUCUCCUCUCCUUUCCUUUCCUCUCCUCUCCUCUCCUCUCCUCUCCACCCCUCUCCACUCCACUCCCCCUUCUCCCCCUCCUCCCUGUGUUUCUGAGUCUAUUAGUUGGGAUCCUUGUCCACCCUAUAACAGACUACGUCACCCUAUAACAGAUUGUCACUCUAUACCAGACUAUGUCAUUGUAUAACAGACUAUGUCAAUGAGAAUUAUAGUAGAAUGGGUGAGACUUUGAAAAUAAACGUUUGCUUAAUUUUUUCCCCA